UCCAGAAGCAAGUGUUUGUUUACAUUGUCAGCGGUUUGGCAUUUUGCUGCCAUGGAGGAAUCCGAAGAUCUGAAGAGAAUCGAGGAAAUUCUGAUCCAAAACAAUGAACGGCAGGAGCCGGAAGACGCCGAAUUUGCAGAAUACAGCGGCUUUGAAGAGUCGGACACUGAGGACGAUGCUUUUGAGUUUGACGACUUCGAAGUGGGCAACUGCCCCAAACCGACCACCAACCAUCCCUCUGAUCCCAUGCAGUUUAUGACUGAAGAGGAGAAGCAAACUAUCAACUGCUGCACUGAUCCCGAACUGAAGGAGCUGCUCGUUUUGAAUAGAACCAAGAAUAUACAACUCAUGCAACUGUACAGAACGGUCAAAGACCUCCUAGGACACUGCCACUCGGACAUAUCGGAUCUAAGGGACGCGCACCUGUUGAAGUCCUCCAACAAGACGCCCAACCCUAAAAUUUGGAGAUUGGGGAUGCCGUACUUUAAGACAGCCGACCACUUCCCCUGUCCGAGGAAUGCGGAUGCCAUCCGAAAGGACCAAGAGAAAGAAAUCUUGGUCUAUGAGUUGAGAAUGUCCUACAAAUGGACCCAGUCGGAGAUGAACCGGCUGCUAAACGGGGUGGCGUUCCAGUACAAGGUGAACCGAGAGACUGAGCUGCUGAGCCAGAUUCAGGCACUCCGGGACGUACUCAAGAAAACCAGUAAAAAGCAGGAGGUUGAGGCAACGACCCUCAAGAUCCAGGAGCUGAAGGAGAAACACCAGGCAAUAAGCUCGAGCAAGAUAACCGCGUAUCCAGCUAGGGGCUGUGAGAAGUAUGUGGACUGGAGGCGAAUAUCCGACAAGUUUCUUAGGGGCAAGUACAACGACGUCGAAUGCCAAGUGUUCUGGAACACCUACUUAAACCCAGACAUCAACAAAACGCGCUGGACCGACCAGGAAGUCGACCAAUUGAAACAACUGGCCGUCCGCUACAACCACCAAAAAUGGGACCUCAUAGCUGAAAAACUCGGCAACAAUCGCACUGGCUUUAUGUGCUGCGUGCACUACUACCUGCAAACCGAUCCGCCGAGAGUGGCCGGAAGAUUCACCCCCGAAGAGGACAAACGGCUGUGCCACCUGGUCGAGAAAUUCACACAUGGAAACGAGGUGUCGUGGGCUCGCGUAGUGGCGCGGCACAACUUCGGACGCUCCAGAGCCCAGCUGCUUUAUCGCUACAAAUACUUUCUGAGCUGCAAGGACAGCAUCCGAAAGGGCAAAUUUACCCCCGCUGAGGAUAUUCUAAUUCUCGUACUGGUCGACAGGUUCGGCAAGUACUUCAGCAGGUGCGCCCAGUACUUCCCCACCCGGUCGAUGGUACAGAUCAAGGCGCGAUACACUUCAAACCUGCAGGAAAGCAUUAAGAAAGGGUUUUUCACCGUGGACGAGGACAAAAUCAUCUUGGAUUAUGUCGCCGAACGCAAGAGCAAAGACUGCAACUGGAAACCUCUGGUGCCCAAGUUGAAACGAUCCAGCGCCCAAAUCAGACAGCGCUACAAAACCCUACGAGUUUUCCUGGAAAAGCAGCCGUCAGCCGGCUUGGAACAAGCGCCGCGCCGCAAAUGGACCAGCAUCGAUGACCAGGAAUCCGAGUACCAACAUCUCAGGGACAUUGCCGAUGAGUUCCAGCACUGCAGCCAAAUCCCCACAUUGGCCGACAUCAAAAAGCGGCUAAAGGGCGAUCGGAAAUCGCAGUUGAGACCCACCGGGGCGAAGAACCGCAAACAACCCAGGAUGAUAACAAGUGAAAGCGUGCAAGCGGCGCUCCCCAACUUGGACGUCGACGAUCUUCUAACGGACUUCUUCAGCAACGCCAUGAACCGCGAGUUUGCUCAUCGCGUCAAGACAAUGGGACAGCCCACCAUCAACGCAAGGGGCGUAGGCGAAGUGUUGUUGCUCCUGCAGGCCAAACUGCAGCUGCCGCUCAACUACAAGGAAGACCCGCGAUUGGACCAAAUCGACCGCGACCUACUCGACGUGAUGAUUUGGGACAAAGAGCCAACCAAUGGGGUUUACGCGGUCGAUUCCAGCGGCAGUAGGAGCGGCGAUCGACCGAUCCCGCCUUGCCUGAGCACCUUGUAUGGCAUGCGGGGACUGGUGCUGGAAAACAACACCUACAAGGCGAAGCUUGUCGAAUCAAGCGCCGGCUUUGGCUGGGCAGCCCAUGAAAGCCAGGUGUUAUGGCGCAUCAACAACCACUUGGCCACGCAAGCGGAGCCCGUUCGCAAUCAACUCAUAAUCGAUCGUGAGCUAUUUGAAAACCGAUUUUUCGCGAUCUUCACCGUGCCGGCCAUCAUGUCCUCGGUGCGUCCCAACUCGUUGCUCCUAAACCGGCUGGAUUUGGACGAUCCCGUUCCCACCACACCCACCUAUCAGAAGCGCUCGGAUAAGCCUGCGAAUGCUGCGAAACAAAUCCGCACUAAAGCCGCGUUGAAACCAGAACUGAGCUUGGCCGAGCGCCUUAAGAGGAAGAUACAGGAGACUAUUAAAGAGGCGUCGCGUUCACAAGCCAAGCCGAAGCCCCAAAAGGCUCAGAAACGCGUGAAAGCGGACGCUGAUUCGGAACUGGAGGAUUUGCAUUUGUUGGAAGAGUGCCUGGAGGAUAAGGGUAGCGAUGAGGACGAUGUUUUCGACGAGUUUACAUCGGACUGAAUCAGAUACCGUGACACUUAGACGGUUUAUUUGUAGAAUAAAAUGUGUACAAUCUUAAAAGUAAAAAGUGGACUCGAAACGA